UAUCACUAGAUUUCUCACUAAUCCUCUUCCCGGUAAAAGUUGGCAAGGACACAGAUAGAUUUUCUACUUCUGUCUCCAUGUUAACGUUUUAUUAACUUUCAAUGUCAUUCUUUCUGUUGAGUUGAGAUCAGCUGAAACCCUUUAGCGGAAUAUAGGAUAUUAUGUAGUCUCGAUAUUAUUACGUCAUGCGCGCUAGCACUACAUCAAUUUAAUGAUUUUUAGAGUCAAACAAUUUAUGGAGAGGUUGGCUGUUCGUGUCACACGCCCGUGUAUCAACGAUAUGUUUUGGUUCAGAAAAAUUUGGAGAUUAAAAUUAGUGUUAAUUUGUUUUGCUUUACUGACACUGUUUCUCUUCUCAAAAUCAGGUGGAGAUCUAAACACGUCCAAGAAUUUUUUUUUAUCUCGUAGUCUGAUAGAUGAUGGAACUGUUAAAACUACAGUUAAUAAUACAAGCAGGUCAUUAUUUCUCUCCACAAAACCUAGAACUAUGGUUAUAAUUUUAACUUAUAUGCGGAGUGGAUCCUCUUUAACUGGUGAUCUGAUACAGCAAAGUCCCGAUGUUUUCUAUGUCUAUGAACCGUUAUACACUCUGGCUAAAUUAAGGAAGACCGAGACUCAUUUAACGUACUUUAAUAAACCAGAUAAAGAAAAUACUGCCAAAAGAUAUGACCUUAACGCACGGGAACUCAUGGAAUCAAUGUUAACAUGCAACUCUUACGAUAUAGAUAUACAUACGCUCAGGCAAUACCACUACGGUGGUAGCAAAACAACAAAGAAAUAUUUGGAAUGUUUGAAAAUUUCGCAAGGUGUGAUGGGAACUGCGAGUUGCUUGCCCCUGUUUCAAAAUGCAUGCGCCAAUUCUAAAGUGUCAGUGAUGAAAACUAUUCGAAUGAGUGUGAAGUCGUUAAAACCAUUGAUGACCAAGUUCCCUACUCUAAAAGUAGUACAUUUAAUUCGGGAUCCCCGUGGAACACUUCGUUCUCAACAAACGGUCGGCGAAUUCAAAAUAAAAGACGCUAUCAACGCGACGGUUAAAUUUUGCAGUCGCGUUAUUGACGAUUUGAAAGCAUCGACUGAACUUUAUAAAGUUUUCCCUGGAAGAAUUAAAACUGUCCGUUAUGAAGAUAUAGCCGAAGCGCCUAUAAAAGCUACAGACGAGAUCUACAAAUUUAUAGGUUUAAAUAUGACGUCAUCAAUUCGGGACUAUAUAUGGAAUAUAACAUCGGCAGGCCACCCUGAUAACUGUGUAAUUUGUACAACCCGUAAUAGCUCUAUAGCAACCGCGUACAAAUGGCGUCAAAAAUUAAAAUUUGACGUGGUUACAAUGAUAGACAAUGUUUGCUCAACAGUCUACAAUAAACUUGGUUAUCUCCCAUUAAAAAACGUAAACGAUAUGAAAAAUAUGAAAAUAUCGGUUAAGAAACCAAUGAAAUUUACGCCAUAAACGACAUUUACGCCUUUCGUCUUUGUGUUCAGGAUAUCGAAACGGGGCGACCAUUCGUGGCAACAAAUUGGUUAUUCUUUACUUUAAAUUGUCUAAAGCACACUAGUCUAUCCCGAUAAUCAAGCACUCUAGUUUAUUCCGUUAUCAAUCUCGAAAUCGUUUAAGUCGAGGAUCUGGAAUAUCUCCGGGACAAUAUUGUUGAAAUCCAUAGACCUGAGGUGGUUCUAUAAGGUCAUCUUGUUUGGCGUUGAUUUGUCGUCGUCGCUUUGACUUUGUAGCUGUUAUCUGAUAUUCUGUGAAGUUUCAUAAUCUGUUUAUGUCGAACCGAGAUAAUAAUAUAUUAAAAUAGAUGUAGUGACUGAAACAUAAAAAAAAAUUAAUUAAGAAGACAAAGAUGUGUUAAAUAAGAGACAAAUGUUUUAGUUAAGAAGACAAGAUGUUUUAAUUAAGAAGACAGAUGUGUUAAUUAAGACAAAUGUGUUAAUUAAGACAAAUGUGUUAAUUACGAAGACAAAUGCUAUAAGAAGGCUGAAUUGUACUGUCGAGAAAAUUUUCGCCACUUAUAAACCCAGUCAUUGUUCCCAAUACAAUCAUAACCUACGAUAUUUCGAUACCCAAUGUAGCCAAUUCAUUAAGAUUCUUGGGCAACGGUUCUUACGAUGCGUUACAGCUAAAAGACUACUAGCUAGAGGGGAACAAGCAGAGGCAAAUUUCGGACAUUGAUGGCACAUACGCUUUGGAAUAGACAUCUCUUGUAAUCUAUACUAGAAUAAUUUUACAGACAAAUUGCAUCAUAACAGACAUGUAAUCAUUGUCAGUCAACGGCCAUUUGAAUACAUGUACUUUAUUUGCAUAUAGUAACCAGGCUUAAGACUACAAAUUUGAUAAUGUUAGAGAUACAUUAUGUAAGAUUUAGAUAAAGAACUGACCGUUCUUGCUAUAAUAGUUCAAAAAUACAUAAUGCUAAAUGAAUAUAUCGAAAAUUUCAUUUAAAUUACUUUAUUCUGAGCAAAGCUAUAAUAGUCAAAAAAUACAUAAUGCUAAAUGAAUAUAUCGAAAAUUUCAUUUAAAUUACUUUAUUCUGAGCAAAGUUAUCAAUGUUUGUAGUUUUGACAAGAUGUGUGCAUUGAUUGUUUAUUAUCGUAACCACGGUAUUGGUUAUUCGAGUCUUUGCCUCAAAUGUACUUACAAUCCGAUUAUGGCCUUGUCAUGUUAAUAAAUGUCUAAUUAAUAAUUUAUAUAACAUUAAAGGCCCAAAGAAAGGCCUGUAAUAGUCAGGUUUAGCUCCUAAAUAGUAUCUCUUUAAAUAAAAGAAAGUACUCUUUCGUUCGAUAUACUAUGCGGAAGAUGGCAUGAUACCACUGUACAGUAUAUUUGGACAGAAAAUACUGGUAUAUGCAUCAAGGAAAGCAUCGCCAUUUCAUCUCAUUUGUGAUGAUUUACAGAGCCAGACGACAUACAUUUCAUUAAUUUCAUUCCAUAAUGCCAUUGGUAUCUCACACACAGUAGAACAUUUCAGUCACAGGCACUUGCGGCAUUAAAAUUUCUAAUUAUUAUCUUGUCUAGUAUACUACAGUGAUUGGAUAGAGAAACACUUGACAAUUCUCUCGUUGUUUCUCUAGUUAACAUGACCAGGGUUACUCAUUGAGUAAGGCGCUGGGUCACCAACCAAGUGGUUGGCUGUGAAAGUUUCUCACGAUUUUCCGAGGUCCCAUAAACAGAGAAUCCAUGACCGCCGGAAUUCGAUGAAAAGUAGGCGGAAAUGCCGCUCUUUGGGGUUCAUUAGGGCAGAGGGGAGUUGGAUGGCCGAAAAGUUAGCGCGCUUCAUCAUAAGGUCUAUCAUUGAGUCAACUGGCGUGGUUUCGAUUGACCGGUUGUACGUGAUAAGGAGUAGGAUCGUCUUUCCAACAUCGUGGGUUUUCUCCGGGUCCUCCGGUUUCCCCCCACUGCUAAAGACCCUACGCGUAGGCGAAUUAUUGAAAUAAAACUGAACCAUAUGCCCGAAAUGACCUAGUUUGUGUCGAGUGGACGUAAACCACAUUUCUCUCUAUCUCUCUCAUUAGUGCAGAAAAGUACGAUGUUAAUAAAUUAAAUCCCAUUUCAUUUCAUGUCAGUUUUCAUUUUCCCGGGCGGGGGUGGGGGGCAGUGCCUUUCUCCCCAAGACUCUCAUGGUUUAAAUAUGCCGCGUUGUAAGGAAAGUGGCUGUAGUGAAGAGGGUAUGUACAAUCAGUGCUAAUAACCCAUCGAAGAUCUUUGGGAUUUAAACAUAUAUUUUAAGUUUCAUCAAAAACGGAUAAACUUGUGACCUGUAGAGUGUCCACAAACAAAUGUGAACGGACGUCUUUCGAACGGACAUUGGCGACUGCAUAAUACCCCCUUAUGAAAUAUAUCACAGUAUAUCGUUUUAAAGAUUAGUCCCUAUAAGGCAAAACAACUGUCUAUGUAAGUAUCAAACAUGAUAUCACAGACUGUGUAGGAUCAAGUAUUGGGAAUACUAAAUGCGUAGAAUUAUAUGCAUAGAGUACCUAAAGCAGUGGACACAUUAGCCGAAUCGUUCGGCCGAAUCAAUGGGCGCCGAAUUUUAUUCGGCCGAAUGGGUGGACACACUAGCCGAAUGCUUCGCCCGAUUUAGCCUGCCGAUUGCAUCACCUUUCACGUCACAUGAUUAAACAUGACGGCGUCUAUGUCUUCAAUCUAGCAUGUGACUUCUCGAUAUGAGUGGUGAUUGGCUAAUGAAUUCUAUAUUCGGCCGAAUGCUUCGGCGAAGCGGACACACCAGGCGAAUAUAAUUCGCCCGAAUAAAUAUUCGGCCGAAUAUAUCAAACCUGUUUGAUUCGGGCGAAUCAUUCGGCCGAAUAGAAAUUCGGCCGAAUGACAGUGGACACACUAGGCGAAUUUCGACGCCGAUUGAUUCGGCCGAAUCAUUCGGCUAGUGUGUCCACCGCUUAAUGAGUACGUUAACCACCAUCAGAUAAGUACUUAUAAGGGUUCGUCUCUCUGGUUUACUUUCCAAGCAUCAUCGUCAAAAACAACCAGAACACCUGGUUAUAACUAUAGUCACUCCUGGUGUCAUCUGUAUUGUCCGCCUCUCGUUCCACUUCCGGUAUGGCAGGGAGUAAAGUUCCUAUUAAUUCUGACACCCGUUGUUCAGACCAAUUCAUGGGAGUCCAGAGUCAGCACUACGCCAAAUAAUGUCAAUGGAGUGUGCCAUUUGUUUUUACUCUUUGCACAAGGUGAGACACCACCUUUAAUACUUGUCCAAUGAUAACGUAUAAAAAUGUGGUAAAGGGGCAUUAUGUAAGAUUAGAUAAAGAGCUGACAGUUCUCACUAUAAUAGUUAAAAAUAGAUAAUGACAAGGGAAUAUGUUGAAAAUUUCAGUCAAAUUACUUCACUCUGGGCCGAGUUAUCGCCCAUAUACAGUUAUUGUGUAGUCUUGAUUAUCAUCCCUACCCUUGUUACGAUUAUCCAGUUUUACGUUAAAUCAUCAACCGCAAAUCGUAUUUAAAUCUAUUGAAAAUCUAGACUAUCCGAUGGAGCCGUGAGUUAAUCAUGGUCUUGGUAAGUUACUUAUUAGGCACAAAGAAAGACCUGCAAUAGGCAGAUUUAGCUCUUGCAUAAUGUAUGUUUAAUCUGUCACUUGAAUAAUAGUAAAAGAAGGUGUCCAUACAUAAAUUGUCAAUGAAUGCUCCAAUAUUUGUAACCUUUGUUCGACAAAAGUUUAGGAUUGGUAAACAUGUAUAAACAUAGUGUAUAUAUAAAACAAGGAAGUACUUUAUCUAUUUUAAUCUGUAUGUAUAAAACUAUUACUGAUGUUUAAUUAUGUAUGUAUAUUAUAACAUCUGAAGACUUAUGCUUUGAUGUCUAUCAGAAUAAAGAAGUAAAAGUGGU